GGUAAGUCAAAUCAAACUUGUUAAAUACCAGCAAAAUGAUGUUCAAAGCUCACGAGCAUCGAGUGGCUUACCUUCUCCAAUCCAACCUCAAUUCUCAACUAUCAAGGCAUUGAGUGCAAUGGUCCAAAUAUAAAAAGCAACCAUUGCAUGAUAUUUGAUUAUAGGGAAGUGGAAAUGGAGUGGGUGAAAGGUGGCAAAGUUUGCGUUACGGGUGCUGCUGGUUUCUUGGCUUCUUGGCUGGUCAAGCGUCUUCUUUUGUCGGGUUAUCAUGUGAUUGGCACGGUUAGGGAUCCAGCAAAUGAGAAGAAAUUAGCCCACCUCUGGAGGCUUGAUGGAGCCAAGGAGAGACUGAAAUUGGUGAGGGCCGAUCUACUGGAAGAAGGAAGCUUUGACGAUGCAAUCAUGGGGUGUCAAGGCGUUUUCCACACUGCUUCCCCCGUCAUAAAACCUUCCUUUGACCCCAAGACGGAAAUCCUAGAACCGGCUGUGAAGGGCACAUUGAAUGUGCUAGGCUCAUGUAAGAAGAACCCAUCUCUCAGACGUGUAGUUCUCACAUCGUCGUCUUCAACAGUGAGGGCUAGAGAUGAUUUUGACUACAAAAUUCCCCUUGAUGAGUCCUCUUGGAGCUCCCUUGAACUCUGCGAGACUUUGCGGGUUUGGUAUGCAUUGGCGAAAACCCAAGCUGAGAAGGCUGCAUGGGAGUUUUGCAAUGAGAAUAAGAUUGAUCUGGUCACUGUCCUUCCCGCCUUCGUCAUCGGUCCCAGUCUGCCACCCGAUCUAUGUUCCACUGCAUCCGAUGUCCUUGCCUUACUUAAAGGGGAAACCGAGCAAUUUCAGUGGCAUGGGAGGAUGGGAUACGUUCACAUUGAUGAUGUUGCACUUUGCCAUAUCCUUGUCUACGAGCAUGAAGGUGCAAGUGGGCGAUACCUUUGCAGUUCAACGGUGAUCGACAAUGACGAGUUAGUAUCGAUCUUAUCAGCUCGUUAUCCAUCACUCCCUGUUCCUAAGGGAUUUGCGAAACUAGACAGACCGUACUAUGAAUUCAAUACAUCCAAGAUAACAAGUUUAGGAUUCAAGUUCAGGCCUAUUGAAGAAAUGUUCGAUGAUUGCAUUGAAUCACUGGUGGAGAAGGGCCUUCUCUCUCUUCACUCUGCCCAUCAGAGACCACUUUCUUAGUCUAAAUUUAUCAGUUUUAAUCAGCUUAAAGUUUGAUGUUGGUACAAGUUUUACGAAACGAAAUGUAAGGAUUACACUUCCUCUUAUUAAUAAGCUUUUCAUUUAUGGGGAAGAAUAAGAGAAGUC